AUGAAGGUUAUCAGGCAUACAGCUUGCGCGGAGACCAAGAAGACAGCCGUUAGUUCUUUCUGCGAAAACGACUGCGUUUCUGUUACGGCUACCGUACACGACCCAGUUCAAGAUGCUAUCCUUCAGGCUGCGUUUCAAGAACUCUCCGACAUCGCUAGUGAAUAUAUCACUUACAGCAAUGAUUAUGGGUCAGUGUCAGACUGGGAUACUCCUGUCGAAGACACCCUCCGGAACCUAAGGAACGCAUACACAGCUUCCGUUCACAAGACCCCAGAGGAUACAGUGUUCUUCAGCAUGAUGAGGGGCAAUCUAAGGGGUAUGCGACAUGCCUACAGCCCUUCUCCAUUAGAUCCUCGUGAGCAUCAGUACAUCCCCGGUGUUCUCCAAGGCGUGUAUGGUUACAUGGGAUAUCAAUCGAUCGAGAAAAUUGCAUUUGAGAGCAUGAGUAAAGCUUUUGUGAAUACAUACGGUCUCUUCCAGCACCAGCGUGGCCGUUGCCCGUACUUGGAUGACAAAGAGGAACAGUGCACAUGCGAGUGGACUUACAACUCGGAUAUGCCUGUCAUGGACAUUUUGGAGUGCCGUGACAUCCCGAGGGCUGUUAUCUUCAUGCACGAAGCAAAGAAUUACGCGCCGAUUGACAAGGUUGUAUUCUGGGACUUGAUGGACAUGGUGGAGGAGUAUUCCACAUACAGCAACGACUUUGACAACUGGAACGAUCCAGAGGUCGCGGCGUUCCGGGAAUUCUCCGAGGUGGUCAACUACAUAUCAUACGUAUGUCCUGACUGGUUUCCAAAGUUUACCCAGCUCCCUACUGAACUUCGUGAACUCGUUAUCCACGAGUAUGCCCUUCUCGAGCAAGGUGCUGGUCGCUUGAGAAAACACCGGCACCACAACGGCUUUCGCAACCCGUGCUGUAUGUGGCAGUACCCAUAUGAACUCAUCGCGUGCGACAACCAGGAAACCUCUGUGUUCUCCAAGCCAGAGGCUGGACGCUGUCCGCAGGGCUGGUUGCCAAACCUUGCGUCUGUAAGUCACCAGAUGCACGAAGAGGUUUUAGUGCUCAUGCUUCAGCGCACUAAGCGUUACGACUUGAGGUAUCACCACAUGAACAAAGACUUUAACAUGGCGACUUGGUUUCGCCAGUUCCUCGAUGCGAUCCCGGGUGGUCGUGGAAAGUUCGCCGUCAAGCACCUAAACUUCCCGCAUAUGCACUGGUUUAAUCACCAACAGGGAACUCACACCUUAAGCAAUUCGAGCUUCGAGUUAGCUGUCGCCUGCAAGAACCUUCGACAGCUCGAUAUGACCUUCCAUGUUGACAAGAUCUCUAUUUGUAACCAGUCGACCCAGUUUGUUCGUCACUCUCGUCCUCUUGCAUCAAUCAUUAACAAAUUCAUGCUGGAGACGUUGUUUGGUUGCGAAAAUCUGGCGGAGAUCUACAUCGACGGCAUCUAUAGGCAACCAUAUUACGGAGGUAAGCCAGCUCAUCUGAACGUGCUAGAGGAUCUCGGCAAGUGGCUCAUGAAGGGCUUCCUUGUCCAGCGCAGCCCUCGACGCGGAAUUCGAGUUGAGCUCGUCCGUCGGUGGGGCUAUUGGAUGGGCCGUGUCAACGGUGAUCAGGUUACACUAAAUGCUAAGGACAUGGCAGAGGCGGACGCACGCAUCCGGUUCAGGAAGGCUUACAUUGCAUCUCUUACAUUGCCUGGAUCAGCUGCGAUAAUCUAG